AUGAUGACGGCAAUGGUGAAGGCCGAGCCGACGGCGGCGGAGGGGAGCAGCGGGCGGAGGGACGCGGAGGCGGAGCUCAACCUGCCGCCGGGCUUCCGCUUCCACCCCACGGACGACGAGCUCGUCGUGCACUACCUCUGCAGGAAGGUGGCGGGCCAGCCGCAGCCCGUGCCCAUCAUCGCCGAGGUCGAUCUCUACAAGUUCAACCCCUGGGAUCUGCCCGAGAGGGCGCUGUUCGGGAGCAGGGAGUGGUAUUUCUUCACGCCACGCGACCGCAAGUACCCCAACGGCUCGCGCCCCAACCGCUCCGCCGGCACCGGCUACUGGAAGGCCACCGGCGCCGACAAGCCCGUGGCGCCCAAGGAGAGCGGCGGCAGGACGGUCGGCAUCAAGAAGGCGCUCGUCUUCUACUCCGGCAGGGCGCCCAGGGGCGUCAAGACCGACUGGAUCAUGCACGAGUACCGCAUCGCCGAAGCCGACCGCGCACCCGGCAAGAAGGGAUCCCUCAAGCUGGACGAAUGGGUGCUGUGCCGGCUGUACAACAAGAAGAACAACUGGGAGAAGGUCAAGGUGGAGCAGGACAUGGCUGUGGAGGCCGGGCCAAACGGGGAGGUCAUGGACGCGCUGGCGACCGACGCCAUGUCCGACAGCUUCCAGACGCACGACUCCUCGGAGAUCGACAGCGCCUCUGGCCUGCAGCAGCGCGUCUUCACGGACAUGGCGCAGGGGCAGCCGAGAGGCGGCAUGGUGACGGUGAAGGAGGACAGCGACUGGUUCACCGGCCUGAGCAUGGACGACCUGCAGACUUGCUAUAUGAACAUGGGGCAGAUGGUGAACCCGGCGACGAUGCCUGGGCAGGACGGCAGCGGCUACCUACAGUCGAUGAGCUCACCGCAGAUGAUGAGGCCGAUGUGGCAAACAAUCUUGCCACCAUUCUGA